AUGAUAGAGCUGGAGGACUGGACGGGGAAGAAGGUUUACGCGGAGUACAGCAGCUUCCGUUUGGAGUCUGAGAGUGAUGGCUAUCGGCUCAGACUGGGGACAUACCAGGGCAAUGCGGGAGACUCCUUCACCAGCAACAAUGGGAAACAGUUCACCACACUGGACCGGGACAAGGACACUUUUACUGGAAACUGUGCUCACUUCCAUAAGGGUGGCUGGUGGUACAACGCCUGUGGUCAGACCAACUUGAACGGGGUGUGGUACAGCGGAGGAGUCUACCGCAGUAAAUUUCAGGACGGGGUCUUCUGGGCCGAGUAUGGAGGAGGAUACUACUCUCUCAAGUCUGUUCGCCUCAUGAUAAGACCAAUUGACUAA